GCGGGAGGCGUGCGGGAGUCUGCAAUUCUGGAGGCCGGGUUUGCUGGCAGCUCUAGGGGCUGCCCCAUCUGCUGCCGGCCUUCAAUUCUCAGCCAACACACAGACCUGAGGCUGGACAGGCUGUAAAGAGGAACACGAUCACGGGUGGACUCCCUCCAGCUAUAACCUUGAGUCGAGUGUCAAGUCUGCCUGCUACCUCUCAGCUCCUUCUCUGCCCGGUUGUUCCCCAGAUUUUAACACAGGACACUGACUCCCAACUGUCCACAAGAGUCUUCUGGAAGAGAGGAGAAGGCUGGAGGAGUAUUUUGGACGCAGAGGUUAUACCUCAAGGGCACCAGUACUCAAGGUCUUCAUGAGGUGCUUUUUCAGAUGGUCAGAGUCCUCUGUCACAGCCCCCUGGUCACUAAUAUUUAUCCUCUUUAUCAUACAAUCUGAAUAUGGGAGUGGCAAGAAAUACGGCAGCCCCUGCGGAGGAAGAAACUGCUCUGUCUGCCAGUGUUUUCCUGAGAAGGGAUCGCUGGGUCACCCAGGACCACUGGGACCACAGGGACCAAUUGGGCCCUUGGGACCCCCGGGACCCAUUGGGAUUCCAGGAGAAAAAGGUCUAAGAGGUGACAGUGGCCUGCCUGGACCACCAGGAGAGAAAGGAGACAAGGGUCCAACUGGUGUCCCUGGAUUUCCAGGAGUGGAUGGUGUACCUGGUCACCCAGGGCCUCCUGGACCCAGAGGCAAACCUGGCGUGGACGGCUACAAUGGCUCACGAGGUGAUCCGGGUUAUCCAGGAGAAAGAGGAGCUCCUGGCCCAGGAGGCCCCCCUGGUCGGCCUGGGGAAAAUGGAGAAAAAGGAAGAUCGGUGUUCAUUUCAGGUGGCUUUAAAGGUAUUCAGGGAGACCGUGGGGAUCCAGGACCACCCGGCUUACCAGGAUCUAGGGGUGCACAAGGAUCAACAGGGCCCAUGGGGCAUGCGGGUGCACCAGGGCUAGCAGGCCCUAUAGGUCAUCCUGGAAGCCCUGGGUUGAAGGGAAAUCCUGCCAUGGGACUGAAAGGGCAAAGGGGAGAGCCGGGUGAAGUUGGCCAGCAUGGUCCUCCUGGGCCCCCUCUGUUGGUACAGCCACCUGAUUUGGAUAUCUAUAAAGGAGAAAAGGGUGUAAAAGGAAUUCCUGGAAUGAUUGGACCCCCAGGACCUCCAGGGCGCAAGGGAGAGCCUGGUAUCGGGAUCAAAGGAGAGAAAGGUAUCCCUGGGUUCCCAGGACCCCGGGGUGAGCCUGGCUCCCAUGGAUCUCCAGGUUUUCCAGGAUUCAAGGGAAUACAAGGAGCGGCUGGAGAACCUGGGCCAUUCGGAUAUCUUGGUCCAAAGGGGGAUCCUGGAGAUCGCGGGUACCCGGGACCACCAGGCAUUUUGGUGACUCCAGCUCCACCAGUCAAAGGUGCUCCAGGGGACCCAGGACCCCCUGGCCACUAUGGAGAGAUUGGAGAUGUUGGACUACUGGGUCCUCCAGGGCCCCCAGGCAGACCAGGAGAAAGUUGUCCAGGCAUGAUGGGACCUCGUGGGCCACCAGGGGUUCCAGGUCCUCCAGGAUUUCCAGGGGAAGCUGGUGUCCCUGGAAGACUCUACUGUGUCCCAGGAGAACCUGGGAAGCCAGGACUACCGGGCCUGCCUGGAGCUCCAGGACCACAGGGCCCCCCUGGAUCAGAUGUGAUAUAUUGUCGCCCUGGGCUCCCUGGACCAAUGGGAGAAAAGGGAAAAAUGGGGCCCCCAGGAAGAAGAGGAGCCAAAGGAGCAAAAGGAAAUGAGGGACUCUGUAUCUGUCCACCUGGUCCCAUGGGACCCCCUGGUCCCCCAGGACCUCCUGGAAGACAAGGAAGUAAAGGAGACUUGGGGUUUCCUGGUUGGCAUGGAGAAAAGGGUGAUCCAGGCCAGCCUGGUGCUGAAGGACCUCCAGGGCCACCAGGAAGACCCGGUGCCAUGGGGCCCUCUGGUCACAAAGGGGCAAAGGGCGACAGGGUUGUAUCAAGAGUGAAAGGGCAAAAAGGAGAAAGAGGGCUGGACGGGCCACCAGGAUUUCAGGGGCCACAUGGACAAGACGGUCGGGACGGACAUCCUGGAGAAAGAGGGGAUCCUGGGCCGAGAGGGGACCACAAGGAUGCAGCCCCGGGUGAGAGAGGGCUUCCAGGACUGCCAGGCCCUCCAGGCAAAACAGGACCAGCAGGGCCUCCAGGCCUGGGAUUUCCAGGCCCACCAGGAGAGAGAGGCCUACCAGGAGAGCCUGGGCACCCAGGCAUGAGAGGCUUUGAUGGCAUGAAGGGACAAAAAGGUGACUCCAUUCCGAGUAAUGCAACCUACCCAGGAAGACCAGGUCUGCCAGGUUUUGAUGGACCUCCAGGUCUGAAGGGGUUUCCAGGACCCCCGGGGGCUCCUGGUAUGAGAUGUCCAGAUGGACGGAAAGGCCAGCGGGGCAAACCAGGAAUGUCUGGAAUUCCGGGCCCACCUGGUUUUCGUGGUGAAAUGGGAGAUCCAGGCAUCAAAGGUGAAAAGGGGGCCUCCCCUAUUGGACCCCCAGGCCCACCUGGGUCUCCUGGAAUGGAUGGCCAGAAAGGAAUCCCGGGAGACCCUGCAUUUGGUGACCCAGGACCCCCUGGAGAGAGGGGUCUUCCAGGAGCACCCGGCAUGAAAGGACAGAAAGGUUACCCAGGAUGCCCAGGGGCUGGAGGCCCACCUGGCACCCCUGGAUCUCCAGGUCUCAAAGGUCCCAAAGGCAGAGAGGGAAGUCCUGGGUUUCCAGGGAUCCCAGGCUCCCCUGGCCAUUCCUGUGAAAGAGGUGCUCCAGGGAUCCCAGGACAGCCAGGACUUCCUGGACCUCCAGGUGAUCCAGGAGUCCCAGGUUGGAAAGGCCAGCCAGGAGACAUGGGGCCCUCUGGACCGGCUGGGAUGAAGGGCCUCCCCGGUCUCCCAGGCCUACCAGGAGCCGAUGGUCUCCAAGGGCCUCCUGGGAUUCCAGGCCCCAUUGGGGAAGAGGGACCACCUAGUCUUCCAGGCCUAAAGGGACUCCCAGGGAUGCCUGGCUUCCCUGGCUUUCCAGGAGAGAGAGGAAAGUCAGGCCCAGAUGGAGAACCUGGAAGAAAGGGAGAUGUUGGAGAGAAAGGCUGGCCUGGCUUGCAGGGAGACCUGGGAGAGAGAGGUGCCAAAGGAGACAGAGGACCUCCUGGUGAUGCAGGAGAAGCAGCCAUUUCCAAAAAGGGGGAGCCUGGGGAUGCUGGGCCUCCAGGAGAUGGUGGAUUCUCAGGAGCAAGAGGUGAUAAAGGAAGCCCAGGGAUGCUAGGGGGAAGAGGAGAGCCUGGAAGAGAUGGACCACCUGGACUCCACAGAGGGCAGCCUGGGAUAAACGGGCCUCCUGGGCCCCCUGGCCCUCCUGGCCCUCCAGGAUUACCUGGACUGAGAGGAGUCAUUGGUUUUCCGGGAUUUCCAGGUGACCAGGGUGAUCCAGGAUCUCCGGGACCCCCUGGAAUCUCAGGAGAUGAUGGAGCAAAAGGACCUAAAGGAAACAAAGGUGACCCUGCCGGUCAGUGUGGUCUACCUGGUCCAAAGGGUGACCCAGGUAGCCCUGGAUACCAAGGGCAUACUGGAGAACCUGGAGAGAAAGGCUUUCCUGGAGAUGAAGGGCCCCGAGGACCCCCAGGCAGACCCGGACAGCCUGGCUCUUUUGGAUCACCAGGGUGUCCAGGUGACCCAGGGAUACCCGGACUCAAGGGUUAUCCAGGAGAAGUGGGAGACCCCGGGCGAAGAGGUUAUGCAGGAGAUUUAGGGAGGCCAGGUCCUGCCGGAGUGAAAGGACCUCCUGGGUCUCCUGGUCUGAAUGGCUUGCAUGGUCUGAAGGGUGAGAAAGGAGCAAAAGGCAACUCAGGUUUGUUCGAAAUGGGUCCACCUGGGCCAAUUGGAGUGCCUGGGCUAAAAGGAGAGAAAGGUGAUCCUGGGAGCCCAGGGAUUUCUCCCCCAGGCCUUCCAGGAGAAAAGGGCCUCCCAGGACCCCCAGGGAGACCAGGACCACCUGGUCCUGCAGGUGCCCCAGGAAGAGCUGCUAAAGGUGACAUUCCUGACCCAGGUCCACCUGGAGACUGGGGACCUCCUGGCCCCGAUGGCCCAAGAGGAGUACCUGGGCCUCCAGGUUCCCCUGGGAAUGUUGACCUUCUGAAAGGGGAUCCAGGUGAUGGUGGUUUGCCAGGACCACCUGGCUCUCAAGGCCCACCAGGCCCUCCAGGGUGUCAGGGUCCCCCAGGAUGUGAUGGCAAAGAUGGCCAGAAAGGACCAAUGGGACUUCCAGGGCUUCCAGGGCCACCUGGUCUUCCUGGAGCACCUGGAGAGAAGGGAUUACCUGGCCCUCCGGGCAGAAAAGGGCCAGUAGGUCCUCCAGGCUGCAGAGGUGAACCUGGGCCUCCUGCAGAUAUGGAUCCCUGUCCUCGAAUCCCAGGACUUCCUGGAGUGCCAGGCCCCAGAGGACCAGAAGGAGCUAUGGGGGACCCUGGACAGAGAGGUCUGCCUGGACGAGGGUGCAAAGGAGAGGCUGGCCUGGAUGGCAGAAGGGGCCAGGAGGGGAUCCCUGGAACUCCAGGGCCUCUGGGACGUAAAGGUGACACUGGAGAGGCAGGCUGUCCUGGAGCACCAGGCCCUCCUGGUCCAACUGGUGAUCCUGGGCCCAAGGGGUUUGGUCCUGGAUACCUCAGCGGCUUCCUCCUGGUUCUCCACAGUCAGACAGAUCAAGAACCGGCCUGCCCUGUGGGUAUGCCUCGGCUUUGGACAGGGUACAGCUUGUUAUACAUGGAAGGACAGGAGAAGGCGCAUAAUCAAGAUCUUGGUUUGGCAGGAUCUUGUCUUCCUGUGUUUAGCACUCUGCCCUUUGCCUACUGCAACAUCCACCAAGUGUGCCACUACGCCCAGAGAAAUGACAGGUCCUACUGGCUGUCCAGUGCAGCUCCUCUUCCUAUGAUGCCACUCUCAGAGGAAGAGAUCCGCCCUUACAUCAGCCGCUGUGCAGUGUGUGAGGCCCCAGCCCAGGCAGUGGCUGUCCACAGUCAGGACCAAUCCAUUCCACCAUGUCCACGGACAUGGAAGAGCCUCUGGAUCGGGUACUCAUUUCUGAUGCACACUGGAGCUGGGGACCAAGGAGGCGGGCAGGCGCUGAUGUCACCUGGCAGCUGCCUAGAGGACUUCAGAGCUGUACCAUUCCUUGAAUGCCAGGGCCGGCAGGGAACCUGUCACUUUUUUGCAAAUGAGUACAGCUUCUGGCUGACCACCGUGAACCCAGACCUGCAGUUUGCCUCUAGCCCGUCACCGGACACCUUGAAAGAAGUUCAGGCCCAGCGCCGGAAAAUCAGCAGGUGCCAGGUCUGCAUGAAGCACAGCUAAAGAAUUCAAAACAUGCCAACAGGCAUCAAGGCAGACAUCACAUGGAGGACAAGCUUCCCCAACUAUCCUAGCAAAUUCAGUGGUGCUCUCUCCAGACUCCUUCAGCCAUGCCUUGUCUCAGCAUGGUUAUUCUAGGACUACUACUCCCCCUCUUCCUCCCCCUCCCCCUCCCCUCCC